GUCGCCAUCGUCGCCAUCGUCGCUCCUGUUCGGAUCCGUUCCGUUGCCGUCCACCGCAGCCGCCGCACUCGCCGUCCAGCCGGCCCCGUCGACUGCUCCAGCCGCAUCGGCUCCGAUCCUCGGCCGUCCCUCCUGAUUUCCGCAGCCACGAGCGAAUAUCCUCCAGCACAGUCCAGCGAUGUGGUCAAACAGCCGUCCCCUGUUCACCCCCAAGCCCGUGUUUGCAACGGCCGCCGAUAGCGGCGCCUCAACACCAGCAUCCACGCAGGCAUCGACGCCAGCAUCCACCCAGCCCGAUCAGCCCCAGCUUUCCUAUGCACAGGACCCGCUCCCGCAGCAGCCCAUUCGCCCUACCACCUCAAGUCGAUACCCGACCUAUCCCGCGGCAGCGCCGGCAGCCACGGGAAUUGCCCCAUCGCAGACCACCGGCUUGCCGCCUUAUGCCCCUGUCACUCCUCCCUCUUUUGCGGCCCCUCCGGUCGGCCCUGGAACCCUAGGCUCGACUUUUUACGGCCAGCAGCCUCCGCUCGGCCCUCCUCCGUCAGCCACGCCUCUUCCAGGAUCCGCAAGUACCUCGUCGUCAUCCAUCUCCUACCAGGGCAAGGUUGUCGGCCUUGGAGGCUGGAACGAUACGCCGGCCCAUAUGACCUCCAAAGUAGCCGCCGUCCCCGUUGCAGAGCUGCAGGGCAUCCAAGAUCCCAAGGGCUUGAUUGUCUCCAAGACCACCAAUAUGCUCGCCGUGGUAUCGUCCGCUUACGAACAAGAUCCGGCUCAAAGACGUGUGAUUGCCGAUACGAGCAAGCGGAUCGACGAGCUCUUUGCCAAGCUGGGCGAUGGUGUCGUCUCAGACGCUGUCGUGGCUUAUUUGGUUGGCUCCAUUCAAGCCCUUGAUGCUCGCGACUCUGUCACCGCAUCUUCCUACGUUGCCAAGCUCAUGUCCGGCCACUUUGAUCAAGACGGUCGCUGGAUCGUGGGCUAUAAGCGGCUGGUUGAGUUGUACCAGAAGCUUCUGUAACUUUUGCGAGUUUUCUGUUCCAGCUUCCCUGCUCCACUUUGCAGAUGCUACUAGAGUCGUCCCUGCACAAGAUUCGCGGAGCGAUUUGGUCUAUGGUAAACCUAUUGAUGAUGCGUUCACAGAUGGUCCAAGAAGAGGAAUGGAUACAAACGAGACACUCUGAAGUAUCCGGAAUCAUGGUCGUGGUCGCCGAGCCGUUCGUUGGUGGUCCGUUGAGUCGCCAUUGCUGUUUCCACAACCAGUUGUCGAUAGUAUGUCUUGGGCAGCACGGCCCUGAAUACACGAGGUUGGUCUCCCAAGGUGACAGCCGGCCUGCUCGCUGCGACAUGUUGCCGAGCCGGAUCGCCUUCAUGUUGCCAAGCCGGAUUGUCAUGCACCGCUCACUUGCCACCCCGG